AUGGCCUACACAACCGACGCCGUCCGCGCCAAACUCUCCACCCUCUCGGAAACGCAAGAAAGCAUAGUCAGCACAGCGCAAUGGCUCCUCUUCCACCGCCGCCAAGCCGACCGCACCGCGCAAGCCUGGCUCACCGUCCUGCAAUCGCACAAAGAAGCCGCCAAACGCCUCAACCUCAUCUACCUCGCCAACGAAGUCGUGCAGCAGUCGCGCGCGCGUGGGAAGCAGGAUUUCCUGCUCGCGUUCGAGCCCAUUGUGGCCGAGGGCACGGCGUCGGCGUAUAAGGGGGCGAAUGAGGGGACUCAGGGGAAGAUCAGACGGGUGGUGGAGGUUUGGAGGCAGAGGAGUGUUUUUGAGGGGUCGAUUUUGGAUGCGGUGGAGGCGAGGUUGGGGGAGGUGGAUAAAGGGAGGAGUGCGAAGAGUGGUGGGAAGUUGGGUGGGUCGUUGUUCGGGGGCGGGGCAGGGAGUCUGCCGGCGGAGCUGGAGGGAUUGGGAAAAAGUCAGGCUGUGCUGACCAAGGCGGAUGUGGCCAAGGGGCCUGCAGUGGAUAGUGCGGAGAAGGAGUAUGCGAAGAUGACGGAUCCGAAUGCUACACUACCUACGCCACCGGUCCACGCUGCAAGGCUUAGUGCGCUGAUGCGGAAUUUGGCUAGUGCGCAGGGGGCGGUCGAGGCGAGUAUCAGUGCGAGGAAGGAGUUGUUGCUGGGGCUGGAGAAGUUGAUGGCGAGUGCUCGGGCGAAGUUGGCGGAGGAUGAGCAGACGGCGACGAUUUUGAUGGCGAGGAAGGAGGGGAUCGAGGUGCAGAAGAAGGAAGUGGAGGAUGGGAUUAUGAGGGGUCUUUCUAAUCCUUCUACGCCUGCUGUCACGACUCCAGUCUCUGGCCACUCGCAUACCGCUGCAGGAGCGAAUGGUGAUGCCUCCGCACCCGAAGCAGAAGGCUUCACGCCUCCGCCCGAUGUUGAGGCCUUUACGCCAGAUAUGCCGGGUCAAGUGGGCAAACUGGAGGAAGACCUCGCACCUUUGAUCGCAACAGACGAUGAUCCUAUGGCGAUAGAUCUCAAACCCGAGUCAACAGACGUCAAGUACGAGUCCCUCGAUCAGACCUCACUCGAGCCAACACCCUCCUCCCUGGAUACGAUGAAAGUCGAGGACACCACCCCAGUUUCUACGACCCCCUUGCAAAUGAAUGGAGGAGACCCACGCAUCCGUCAAGCUUCAUCUGAGAUCCCGACAGCAGCGACGAAUGGUAGCGCGGGAGAUCCAAGGCUCAAGCGUAGGAAGAUGAGCCAUCCCAAGCCUGCGGAGAGCGAUGUGGGGACUGAUAUCUUUGCUUCGGGAGGGAUGGGCGAGGUGGGGGUGGAUGAGGCGGGGAUUGAGGCUUUGCUUGCGCAGUGA